AAGAUAACUUACAUUUAAAGCAUAGCAAUGAUUGACGACAAUGUUUUUGUUUCUGGCGUUAUUUUGUCUUUGCUUGAAGCCUGUUAAUUGCCGUCCAACUGAGUACGAAAUGGGAGAUCCCUUUUAUGUGCCAGUUCCGUUAGCCCUUCUGGGGGGACGUGGCGUGAACUUUUUAUCCCAUCAAACCGAAGCUUUUGGUGACGAAAUGAGCUCCCGGAUCAGCGAGCAAAGUAGAGAGGUGGCCAACUUUGGAGACGAAAUACAACAAGACACAAGAGAAAAAAGUCAACAGAUCGAAGACAUUGGAAGAGAGGUAGACGCCGACGAGUCUAUUCCAUUCCCUGCAAGCCAAGCGGGUGGUGAGUUCCCGGGUGUCGAUGAGGACGACGGAGAGGGAAAUGGGUACAACAGUUGGCCAACGGAGGAAGGAAGCGACUGAAACCUUCGCAUUUAAAUCAGGAGAGCGGAAAUAAAUUAAAACGUGUUGUGUGUGUGUGUGUGUGUGACGGAGGACUGUUAUAAACGAACUUCUGAUGCCAAAGUAUAAUUAAUGAAGGCACAGCUUUGCUAAAAUAUCAAAGCUACUUCAUAUCAUGUCAGGUAUAUAAUGAUGACCUUCUAUGGGUGGGAAGCCAAAUAGUAGAUAUAUGACUCCCAGUCAUGACGUUUGGACCGAGUGCAUGACUAAGGGUCAAAUAUUUCCCAACCCGUCCGACCUAACUCAGUCAACAAGCAUGUUAUCAUUUCGUUUCUGCUCUAUCCAUGUUAUCCUCUCUUCGUGCAUUCUUUCCACUUUGUAUUUCACAAGGCCAUAAGAGCCGUCAGGCUGCUUCCGACUCUCCUCGCGCCAUCGCGUUCAGGCCUCGUAAGGAGAUUAAAUUACAAAGUAUACUUCACCAAAAGGGUGGUCGUGGCCAUACGGAUCAUUUAAAUAAACACAGGUAUUGAUAUUUGUUAGAAGAAACGUGCUAUAGAUUGGCGAAAAAAUGGUAACUACUUGUUAGAAGUCUUUGAAAGAUCACAGGUCUCCUCUAUUAACUAUGGAAAGAUCAAGUAAUAAUUGGAAAUGAUAUGUUAGAAGAACGGCGUUACUUAAAAGGCCUCAUGCUGAAUGCAUGUAGACAAAUUAUACAUACCGAUCGAUCCUGCUUGAUUACUCUGAUUAAUAGUCUGUCUUGAACACUACACAUUGACUUGUACCCCGAUAGACGUUAUCUUUUAAUACA